AUGGGGAAAGGAUUUUACAUCAGUAAGAGGCUAGGGUUGGUCUUUCUUGUGUUAGGAAUCAGCGCUGUGGUUUCUAUUCUUGCUUUGUCGGUGAUCUACUCUCAAGAGAAGCACAAAAAUAAGGAAAACUCCACGGUGGUGUCGACAGCAGUGCCCUCCAGCAAGUCGCCACCAUCGAACAAACCGUGGGACAAGUACAGACUGCCUGAUUCGCUGUCUCCGCAGUUCUACAAUGUGACCCUGUGGCCUCGGUUGGAGAUGGACGAGCGAGGCAUGUAUUUCUUCACUGGGACCUCUGGAGUGGCAUUCACCUGCCUCAAGGAGACAGACCUGAUCCUGAUUCAUUCCAGUGAACUGAACUACACAUUGACCCCGCAGACACACCACGCAAUGCUGACUGGUUUGGGAGGGACGUCCGCUCCAGUUAUCCUGGAAACCUGGCUUCAGACGCAAACCCAGUUGAUGGUCAUUCAUCUGAAAGAUAAACUGAAGGUUGGGAAAUCCUACUGGCUCCACACAGAAUUCCGAGGAGAGCUGUCGGAUGACCUGGAAGGAUUUUACAGAAGCGAGUUUGUUGAAAAUGGUGUCAAAAAAGUUCUUGCGACAACACAAAUGCAGCCCACAGAUGCCAGGAAAGCUUUCCCCUGCUUUGAUGAGCCAGCAAUGAAGGCUGUCUUCCAUGUAACUCUCCUUCACCCUCCUGAAACCGUCGCCCUGUCUAACGGCAUAGAGCUGGGCACAGAAAGCAUCACCAUAAAUAAUCAAGAAGUUUUACGAACCAGAUUUGAGCCAACAGCAAAAAUGUCGACAUAUCUGUUGGCUUUUGUCGUCAGCGAAUUUACAAACAUACAAUCAUCACCAGAGGCGGAUAUUUUGAUCAGAAUCUGGGCACGGAGAGAAGCCAUUGAAACCGGACAGGGAGAUUACGCCCUGAAACUGACAUUCCCAAUUUUAAAGUUCUUUGAAAAGUAUUACAACACCACAUACCCCUUAUCAAAAUCAGACCAAAUCGCACUGCCUGAUUUCAGUGCUGGUGCCAUGGAAAACUGGGGUCUCGUCACUUACAGAGAAACAUCCCUCCUCUACAAUCCCAAAGUGUCCUCCAGUGCCAACAAACAGUGGGUGGCAGUUGUCAUCUCACAUGAGCUUGCACACAUGUGGUUUGGAAACCUCGUGACUAUGAGAUGGUGGAACAACCUGUGGCUCAAUGAAGGAUUUGCAACAUACGUUUCAUAUCUUGGAGCUGAUUAUGCCGAGCCUACCUGGAAUAUUAAAGACCUGAUGGUGUUGCAUGAGCUUCAGGCGGUUUUUGAAGUCGAUGCUCUGGUUUCCUCCCACCCGCUGUCAUCACGAGAGGACGAAAUCGCCACACCUGAUCAGAUCAAUGAACUGUUUGAUACAAUCACCUAUAGCAAGGGAGCUAUGGUACUGAGAAUGUUGUCCGAGUUUCUGUCAGAGCCCGUCUUUGCUAAAGGACUUUCUAACUAUUUGCAGCAGUAUGCAUACGACACCUCGGUGUAUACAGACCUUUGGCAAAAAUUGCAGGAAGUGGUGGACGCAGACUCAAACGUGCAUCUCCCAGCGUCGAUAAAUGAAAUAAUGAAUCGCUGGAUUCUUCAGAUGGGUUACCCCGUAGUGACUGUUAACACCCACACGGGAGGUAUCUCUCAACAGCACUUCCUAAUAGACUCUGAAGCCGAAGUGGACAGUCCUUCUCAAUACAAUUACGAAUGGUUUGUGCCCAUUACGUGGAUGAAGAAAGGAGUUAACAUGGGACAGCACUGGUUACUUUCAAAAACAGCAACACACGAGCCCAUGAGAACAAAUUCGGAGUGGGUAUUGGCCAAUGUGAAUGUCACGGGAUAUUUCAGAGUAAACUACGAUCCGCAGAACUGGGAGCGUCUCCUCGCACAACUGAGUUUAGAUCAUAAAGCUAUUCCAGUUCUAAACAGGGGUCAAAUUAUCGAUGAUGCAUUUAAUUUGGCGAGGGCAAACAUUAUCCACACAACUCUUGCCUUGAGCAUGACUAUGUAUCUCUCAGAGGAGAGGGAAUACAUACCGUGGGAAUCCGCCAUAAAAAAUGUACGUUAUUUCUUCCUCAUGUUUGAGCAAUCAGAAGUCUUUGGACCACUAAAGAUGUACCUGCGAGGGAAAGUUCAACCUCUUUUCGAUCACUUCAGAGUUAUCACAUCAAACUGGACUCAGAUGCCCUCAGGACACAUGGACCGAUACAAUCAAGUGAAUGCGAUCUCACUGGCCUGCAAAACAGGGGUGGAUGGAUGCUCAGAGCUCACUAGAGCGUGGUACAGAUGGUGGAUGGACAACCCUGACAGUAACCCAAUUCACCCAGAUCUGAAGAUGACAGUGUACUGUAAUGCAAUCGCCUCAGGGGGAGUCGAGGAAUGGGAUUUUGGCUGGAAAAUGUUUAAGAACGCUAGCAUUGCAGCAGAGGCAAUGAAGCUUUUAUUUGCUCUGUCGUGCACUACAGAGCCCUGGCUGUUGAACAGGUUCCUGGAAUACACGCUUAAUUCAAGCGCGAUCAAGAAGCAAGAUGCUAGUUUCGUCAUUUCCUAUGUUGCAGGCAAUGUAAUAGGACAACCUUUAGUUUGGGAGUUUUUUAGAGGCAACUGGGAAUAUGUAUUUAAAAAUUUUGGUGGUGGAUCGUUCUUGUUUGAAAGUCUGAUCCAGGGUAUCGCAGAGAGGUUUUCUACUCAAUUUGAACUUCAACAGUUAGAGCGGUUUAAAGAGGACUAUGCAGCGAAGGGUUUCGGCUCUGGCACGCAAGCGAUGGACCAGGCCAUUGAGACCACAAAAGCCAACAUUAAAUGGGUGUCUGAAAACAAAAAACAAGUGAUGGACUGGAUGAUUAAACAUUCAGCCUGAAAGCGUUUUCAUUGUGAAUAUCUACUAUAAACUAACAAGGAGCAUUUUUUUAUAUAAACCUCUUCGGACGAUAACCCUGGUCGAGAAGAAUUUCCUGUUUCAGUUACACAAUCGUUUGAACAAAAUACAACCAACAAAAUAUUUCAAACCGAUUUAAAAUGUUAAACAAAUAUAUUUUAAAUUGAAAUAUUACACGGUUCGUUGGAAUGCUUGAUUCUGAUUGGCCAGUCGCGACAUUUGCAGGUCCGUUAUUCCCAGAUAACAACCUCUCAAAACUAAUAACACACAGUAACCCGGAUGCAGCAUUAUUUUGACAGUUUUUUUUUGACAAAUUAAAUAUAAACAGCUUAUAUUUACAAAUGAUUAAACCAAAUUGCCUGUUCGUGACAUUCGAACGUCGUUUCUUAACUUAAAACCGAAAGUAAACGACUUUUCCUCCGAAGUAAAAAUGAGCUAAUAAAAUAUUUCAAAUUCACAUUUCAUGUCUAUUUUUUUCUCAUGUGGCAAGUAGCCGUGUAAUAAGCGGGAUAAUGUACAAGCAGCCGGCUGUUAUCGCGAAAUUAUUGAAAUGUGAUAGAAAGUCACCAUCGACCAAUCAGAAUCAAGUAUUCCAGGGCGCUGAAUUUAAAUAUGUAUUAGUAAACAUUGAAAUUAAUGCGCUAGAAGUAUUGUUUAUUGUUAACUGAUGUAAUGUAUUUUAUUUUUUAGAAAUACGAUAAAAAGCUUAGAAUUAUAUAUUUCAAAUAGCAUGAAUAUUCACAGUAUAAAUUCAUAUUCUAAGAUGAUUUGUAGUUUCACGC